AUGCAUGCAACUCUCCAACGCUUGGCCUUUCCACCCGGCCUAACAACCAACACUGCUUCGUUAUCAGCAUCAGAGAAUGUGACAAAAGAUGUUGCAGAUUACCUCUUGGAGAAGUACCUAAGUGGUAAAUCAGGUCCUCUAGGAAAUGUGUAUUUGGAUGGCAUUGAUAUUGCUGAUGUUUCAGAUAGUGAACACCUAAAAUGGGAUGAACUUGUUAAGCUCAUUAAUGCAUCCACAACAGAUAGAAGGAUUUACAUAUCUGCAUCACCAGAAUGCGUAUACCCAGAUUACUACCUUGACUCCGCAAUCCAAACUGGCCUUGUUGAUUACGUUUGGGUUGAGUUCUACUACCAGAACCCUUCUUGCAUAUACUCAAAUGGAGAUGCUUCAAAGCUUUUGAGUGCAUGGGAAACAUGGACCUCACGUGUUCCCAAUAGUUUAAUAUUCCUGGGUCUUGCGGCUAAUGAUACAAUAGCUGGUUAUAUAGAACCAGAUGCACUCAAAUCUGAGGUUGAUUCAAUUAAGAAGAUUGUAAUUAACCAUGGCUGCCACGAAACAACCAUCAAUAUUCCUCCUCUUAGCCCUUGUAACGCGAGCUUUAACACUGAUGGAAUCCAUAUUGGAAGAUCAAUUGAUGUGAAGGUUCUUAACACAAACAUUGGUACUGGAGACGACUGCAUCUCAUUGGGUGAUGGGAGUAAACAAAUAACUGUCCAAAAUGUGAAUUGUGGACCUGGUCAUGGUAUUAGUGUUGGAAGCCUUGGGAAGUACCCAAAUGAAGAACCUGUUGAAGGUUUACUUGUUAAGAAUUGCACUUUGACUGACACCGACAAUGGUGUUAGGAUCAAGACCUGGCCUAACGCCCCUGGAACAUCUCCUGUCACUGAUAUGCAUUUUGAAGAUAUUACUGUUGUUAAUGUUAAGAACCCUGUCAUCAUAGACCAAGAGUACUGUCCAUGGAACCAGUGCAACAAGCAGACUCCAUCAAAAGUAAAGAUAAGCAGGGUUUCCUUCAAGAACAUUAAGGGCACUUCAGGAACUCCAGAAGGGGUGGUUCUUAUUUGCAGCAGUGGUAACCCUUGUGAGGGUGUUGAGUUAAGUAAUGUUGAUCUCACGUUCAAUGGAGCCCCAGCAACCGCUAAAUGUGCCAAUGUCAAGCCCGUAAUUACGGGCAAAGCUCCUACUUGUGCAGCUUAG